AUGAACGGCGUCGCCCCACCAACAAAGCGGCGGAAGACUUCUAACGAAGAGGACGCAAAUGGCGUUAUAUCCCCCAUCCAAUCGGAUAUCUGGUUCGACGAUGGGAGCGUCAUUCUUCAGGCAGAAUCUACACAGUUCAGGGUGCACCGCACCAUGCUUGCUAGGCAUUCCUCAGUCUUUAGGGAUAUUUUUCACGGGCCUCAGCCGCACGAUGAAUCUUUGAUAGAAGGAUGUCCUAUUAUUCCCCUUUCCGACUCUGCGGAGGAUAUUCGGUUGGCGCUCAUAGCCUUGUACGACGGAGGAGGCUAUCACGCGCGUCGAGCAUUGCGCUUUCCAGUUGUAGCGGCUAUGCUGCGUAUCGGAAAGAAAUAUAAGCUCAACCAUCUCCAUGAUGAAGCUAUCACUCGAUUGCAAUCGGAAUUUCCAAGCACACUUGAGAAUUGGGAAGUGAUGUCGCCUGAAUACACCCACAUCGUUUUGCAGAAAGGGAUUCUCUUUGACAUUGUCAACCUCGCGACGGAAUGUGGGGUCUGGUCAAUUUUUCCAGCUGCUUAUUACCUAUGUGUUCAGGAUCUGGACCCUCUGUUGUCCGGUGAACAAAGAGAUGACGGUACUGUCGCAAGGCUGCCGUUUUCCAUUCAAAAAGCUUGUAUUCUGGGCCGAGAAAAGAUACUGAUUGCGCAGGCUGAGCACACGCUGGGGUGGCUGGACGAUGAAGAAAUCAGUGAUCGCUGCGAAAAUCCUAUGGCGUGCGCCAGAGCUUGCUUGGAAAUAAGUCGAUGUAUCUGGAAGCCAAUGCCUGACGUAUCUCGGGGCCUCGAAAAAUGGUCAGACGUCAAGACCGAUGGAUUGUGUCGGAGUUGUCGCGAGGAUGCGAAAGAAAUACAUCAGGAUGGGAGGCAGAAAAUGUGGGAGAUGCUUCCAUCUUUCUUUGACCUUCCGGACUGGGAAGAGCUUAAGGGUUAG